GGCGCGAUGUGGGGAAGAACCAGCGCGCCGCAGCGCCGCCGGUGACCCCAGCCCGGGACGCCCGGCCGCUCGCCGCAGCGGGUCUCCCCGCCGCUGCUGCCGCCGCCUUGGCCGCGCCUGGGCACGCGCCGCCCGCCAGGCCCGCAGCGCCGCCUCCGCGCGCCCCGCCGCUCCCCGAGGCGCUGCGGCACCUCCGCCAUGCUGCGCCGGCAGCUCCGCCGCUUCUUUUCUGGGGAAGAAAAGCGAUUUGGGACUCGGACCGUAUUGGUUGGCCACCGCUUGGUUCCUGGCAUUGAGGCUCACGUGCCUCAAAAGUUCUGUUCCAAUCAAAUUGUCUCUUCCAAGUAUACAGUCUGGAAUUUUAUUCCCAAGAAUCUCUUUGAACAAUUCCGAAGAAUUGCCAAUUUCUACUUCCUUAUCAUCUUCCUUGUCCAGGUGAUUGUAGACACACCAACCAGCCCAGUGACCAGUGGACUUCCUCUCUUCUUUGUGAUUACUAUUACAGCUAUUAAACAGGGGUAUGAGGAUUGGCUGCGGCACAGAGCAGACAAGGAAGUCAACAAAAGCGUAGUCUUCGUGAUUGAAAAUGAAGGAAGGGUGAAGAAGGAGUGUGAAAAGAUCAAGGUUGGCGACAUAGUAGAAGUAUCCGCAGAUGAUACCUUUCCUUGCGAUCUAAUUUUACUGGCCUCGGAUAGCAAGGAAGGGACCUGCUACGUCACUACUGCCAGUCUGGAUGGAGAAUCAAAUUUCAAGACUCAUUAUGCCAUGCACGAUACAGCCAAGCUGAAUACAGUUGAAGGCAUGAGUCAUCUCGUGGCCAGCAUAGAAUGUGAACAGCCUCAGCCAGAUUUGUACAGGUUUCUGGGCAGAGUUCAUAUCUACAAUGAUGAGGCAGAGCCAGCAGCCAGGCCACUGGGUCCUGAGAACCUUUUGCUGAAAGGAGCAAAAUUAAAAACUACCCCAAAGAUCUAUGGAGUUGCUGUAUAUACAGGAAUGGAAACCAAGAUGGCUUUGAACUACCAAGGGAAGUCUCAGAAACGCUCUGCAGUUGAAAAGUCAAUCAAUCUGUUCCUGCUUGUCUACUUAUGCAUUCUUGUGAGCAAAGCUAUAGUGUGCACUACUUUGAAAUAUGUCUGGCAGAGUGUCCCCUAUCAUGAUGAACCCUGGUACAACCCCAGAACCCAAAAGGACAGAGAAACAUUCAAGCUGCUAAAAAUGUUCACCGAUUUCCUGUCCUUCAUGGUCCUCUUCAACUUCAUUAUCCCAGUCUCCAUGUAUGUGACUGUUGAGAUGCAGAAAUUUCUGGGUUCCUUCUUCAUUUCAUGGGACAGAGAGAUGUAUGAUGAAACUCUCCAAGAAGGGGCAUUGGUAAACACCUCUGACCUCAACGAAGAACUUGGGCAGGUUGAAUAUGUGUUUUCUGAUAAAACGGGGACUUUAACAGAAAACACAAUGGAAUUCAUUGAAUGCAGCAUUGAUGGCUACAGGUACUGUGAAAGCUCUACUGUAGUCGCUGGAAGGAAGUCUCCCGGAAAAGCAGACAAGAGACAAGAAGAACUUUUUCUCCGGGCUUUGUGCCUCUGCCAUACAGUCCAAGUCCAGAAAAAAGAUGAAACCGAUGCAGGGAAAUCACAGCCAGGAGACCUGUCCACCUUCAUGGCAGCUUCCCCAGAUGAACUGGCUUUGCUGCAGGGUGCUCAAAAGUAUGGUUUCACUUUUCUAGGACAAGAAAAUAACUUCAUGAAGGUACAGAACCCAAACAAGCAGAUUGAAAGAUACGAGCUGCUGAACGUCCUUGAUUUUGACUGCGUCCGUCGCCGGAUGAGUGUUCUCGUGAAGAUGCCAGAUGGAAGAAUAUACCUGUUUUGCAAAGGAGCAGAUUCUUCGAUUUUCCCAAGGGUCCCUGAAGCUGAAGCACAAAAGACAAGAAUCCACGUGGAACGGAACGCGGUGGAUGGGUAUCGGACCCUCUGUGUGGCCUACAAAGAAAUACCUUCCACAACCUACAGGGUUCUGGAGGCUCAGAUCAAGGAAGCCACCAUGGCCCUACAGAAUCGAGAAGCCAGGAUGGCCAAGGUCUUUGAUGACAUUGAGAAGGACAUGUGUCUGAUUGGCUCCACCGCGGUUGAAGACAAGCUCCAAGAAUCGGCGGCUGAAACCAUCGAGGCCCUCCACAGGGCAGGCAUGAAGAUCUGGGUGCUGACGGGGGACAAGCUGGAGACGGCCCAGGCUACGUGCUACGCUUGCCGCCUCUUCCAGAGCAGCACGGAGCUGCUGCUGCUGACAGCGAAAACGGUAGAGGAAGGGGAUAGGAAGAUGGACCGGCUGCACGAGCUGUUGCAGGAGUAUCACAAAAAGUUGGUGAUCGACGCCCCCCAAGGGAAGAAAAACUGGGUAUUCAGUUCCGAAUACGGGUUGGUCAUUGACGGGGCCACCCUUUCUCUGAUCCUGAAUCCUUCCCAAGAUUCCCACUUCGCCCACUACAGGGACAUCUUCCUUCAGAUCUGUCUGAAGUGCACCGCAGUCUUGUGCUGCCGAAUGGCUCCGUUGCAAAAGGCUCAGAUCGUCCGCAUGGUUAAGAAUUCCAAAGGCAGUCCCAUUACGCUGGCUGUCGGAGACGGGGCCAAUGAUGUCAGCAUGAUUUUGGAGGCUCACGUGGGCAUUGGUAUCAAGGGAAAAGAGGGGCGCCAAGCUGCUCGGAACAGCGACUAUGCCAUCCCCAAGUUUAAACACUUGAGGAGAUUGCUCUUGGGACACGGGCAUUUGUAUUACGUCAGAAUAUCCCAUCUUGUACAGUAUUUCUUCUAUAAGAACCUUUGCUUCAUCUUCCCUCAGUUUUUAUAUCAGUUUUUCUGUGGAUUUUCGCAGCAGCCCCUCUAUGACUCAGCUUACCUAACUAUGUUCAACAUCUGCUUCACCUCUCUGCCAAUAAUGGGCUACAGCCUCCUGGAGCAGCACGUCCCUAUUGACAUCUUGAUCGCUUUCCCCAAGUUGUAUCUGAAUGUUUCCGACAACGCUAUGCUCCAGUUGAAGCCUUUCAUCUACUGGACCUUUCUGGGCCUUUUUGACGGCUCUGUCUUCUUCUUCGGUGCCUACUUCCUUUUCCAGACUGCCUCUAUAGAGGACAACGGAAAGAUGUCAGGAAUCUGGUCUUUCGGAACAAUGGUUUAUACUGUCUUGGUCUUCACAGUCACACUAAAGCUGGCGUUAGACACUCGGUUCUGGACAUGGCUGAACCACUUCGCCAUCUGGGGGUCCUUGAUCUUCUAUGUGCUUUUCUCAUUCUUCUGGGGGGGCAUCAUUUGGCCUUUCUUAAAGCAACAGAGGAUGCAUCACGUCUUCGCCCAGCUGCUGUCCUUUGCCUCUGCCUGGCUGGUGAUAUUUUGCCUGAUCUUCAUCUCGCUCCUCCCGGAGGUGGUUGCCCUUAUCUUUAGACACAUGAAAGGGAAAGAACACGAGCCAGACCCUUUGGAGUUGCCGAUGCUGGUUUCAUACAAACGGCUAGAGAACAGCCAUCUUCCAGAAACGAAGGCCAGGGAGACCCUCACUCAGUUGGCAGAACGUCAUCUCAGGAUCCUUCAACUGCAACCAUUAUAACUCGGCUGUCCGUGAUGGAAGGAGCCAUCCGCCCUACCUGGAAGGAAGGUGCCAUUUUUAAAAAGAGGACGUGGGUUAGCUUUGCCUUUUUAAAAAUUGGUGUAAGAUCUGGAAGACUUGUUGUUGACCCCCGCCCUCCCCAUCUUAAUGCAAGCCCUGAGGGCACCAACUGGCAAUUCUGAUUGUGAAGAUCAGGGAGAUUCUGGACCUUUGAAACAAAAGACACAGCUUCUGUUCCGCAAUGGGUUGUCGGGCAAGGAAAAUACCAACAACUUUCUUCCCUUUGGCUCUCCCCUCUCAACCAGUGAAAGAGCACAGAUUUUAAUGCUCACUUCCCAAGCUUAAAUCUGAACUAUGUCUCUUGGCACCAUCUAGCCUGCUUCCAUGCCCCCACUGGGUUUCCAUUCCUCUACCAAAAAAGUGGGUCAUGAAAUAUAUCUUUUUUUUUCUUCUUCUUCUUCCUAACCAAACUCAGCAGUUUUAUUUAGAAAAUGUGGAUGGAUGCAUUCUCUUCUCUGGUACUCACUUUCUCUGCAAGCACCAAUGGAGAUGUCGUAGAAGGCACUUCUUUUUAAACACGAUGGGAAAAUUCAGAAAGCUGAUGAGAUGCACCAAAGCUUCACCCUUUUGAAAUGCAGUUCUUUUCUCUCCUCUUGGCUUGAGGCUUUCACACAAUCCAAAUCAAGGUCCAUUUACUUUUAAGAGCAUCCUGGUCAAAGUGGCUGGGUUGCAACAUUCUUUUUUCAUUGGCAUCUCCUGAGCUUGGGCAACAUUGGAAGAACUUUGCCACAUGGAUGUAGAACAUAAGGAGUCCGAGACCUGGCCUAUGCUGGACUGGAUUUGGGAUCUUUUGCCAUGCAAAUUCUGUUCCUUUCUAAAACUUGGCCAGGUCUGGUAGGAGAUGCGGUGUAUAUCUCUAGUGGGCUGUACUGGUUGAGUACCACCAACCCUAAAAGUUUUGUUUUGGGUACAAAGGAAAGAAGCAAUACUUAAGCAAUACAUUCUGGAUGUGUAGCACAUUCCUACUGCAAAAGAUCUGGGAUUCCCACUUCUUGUGGACAAAGUGGAACAGGGGCAUAUUGGCCCCCAACCCUUUUGUCACCAUUUAGUAUAAAAAUUAAAAUGGUGAUAGAGAUCAAGUUCCUAGAGAGGCCCCGCUUCCCUAAGACUUUGCUCAGAAGAAGGAAAGGAACAAGUCACUGUCUGGUCGCCCAGUUGUCCUUCUUGAGACAAUAUGGGUGAUCAGAGGAGUUACUUCAGACUCAAAGUUCUUGGGUUAGAGUGUUCACCCGCUCCUUCCAACCCAAUGUGGGUUGUUCGAACAAGACCCCUCAGUCAACUUUUUCUCCCAAGCAUGCCACAUCUAACAGCUGAUCGACACCUCUUUUGAAGGUGUCCUGUAAAAUCUUUUGGCGCACCUAAAAAAAAAAAGGUCUGUUUGCAUGAGCAGAGCAGCAAAGCAUGUGUUUAUGGGUAAAUUGGCAGUCUUUUCCAGCAUGAAAGCCCUCUUCUUGACACCAGUGGUGGUGGCAUGAAAUUUCCCACAAAGCGUUCAUUGCAGAAGAUCUGUGAUGGAUGGAUGGAUGGAGGAUCUAAAUUGGAUCUAGGAGGAGGGUAGACACUUGGAUGUGCAGACACAAUUCUUCCACAGCAAAGCAAGGCAGGAGAUCUCAAAAUGUGUUGAUAGUAGGACAUGGAUGGAGAAAGGUUUGUGUAGCCCUCCAGAACAAAAAAUGUGAUAAGUUAUCACAAGUGCCCUUAAAGCACGUACUUAUCCCACCACCACCAGCACCACAAGAGCAAUCUCAUUUUCAGCAUGCUUGCAGGAAAACAAAUUUCAUGUCUGAAAUUUUUCAACAUUGCAUUGGCAUGUGCCAAGCUAAGAGCACCUUUUUUCCUCUUUUUUUCCCAAAAAAACAGAGGCCUCAACCUGAGUCCAAAUAAUUUUUAAAAACAAGCCUGCAAGAUGCCAACUAACAACUUUUCUUCCAACUUAAAAAAAAAAAAAAAAAAAAAUCUUGAUCCUCAUGAUGCUUACAUGAUUCCCUGAUGCUUGUAAUUGAAAACCACUUCUGUGUCCGUUUUAAUUCGGGAACUCUGCGAAAAGUGUAUUUUUUUUUUUUUUUAACAAAAACUACUAGGGAGUUUUGGAAUUAGCUUUUGGUUCAAAUGCAGCCAGGAGAAAACUGAAGUCAAUUUGGUUUCCCUUUUCUGUGACUUCCUACCCAAAAAGAGCUGGGUAAAAAAACAAAGGGGGGGGGGCAUCUUUUUCCAGUUUUCCCGCAUGAAGACACAGUUAUAUAUAUUUAAAACCACAGCCUCUGAACUAAAACUUAACUAUCCCUUUUGGGUAAUUCUGGUCCAUGAAGAAGUUUGCCGUCGGCUGCUAGAGAAGCAUCUCAGCAAAUAAACGAUCGUUCCCAGCUUUAAAAAAUUAGGAAAGCUGGUUUCAGCUGAAGCUUGUGAUUAAUCUCCUGUAGGUCACAAAUAGUGGUAAACAUUGAUGGCAUGGAUAGAAGAGGAAGAUGCUCGUUCUGACAUGGCACAAUUAGGAACAGUUCUGUCAUCUGCAAUUUAGGAUUGCGUUCACUUUUCUGCCCAGUUCAAAUAAUGAAAUCUGCUUUGAGUGCAAUCCCCACUUUCCUAUGCGAAUUUGUUAGUUAAUUGAAAAUCAUGUAUGCUGGUGGGCUAAAAUCAUCAUAAAUUCAGCUCUGCAUCAGUGCUACGCUGGGCUCAAGAGACUAGUGUCCAUAUGAUAGUACUCAGCCGACAAAACCAGCAGCAGAUCGUUGGAAACUGGAAAGCAGGAGGAAGAAAUAUAUAAAUAUACAUAUACAUACAUACAUACAUACAUACAUACAUACAUACAUAUAUAUAUAUAUAUGAGAUUGAGUGUAAAUACGCGGGACAGCUGGGGUGGUAAACAUUCUAUACAGAUUUUAAGGUGCAUUUUUCAGCUUGCAAAAAAAAAUGGGACUGCGUUAAUCACUUCAACUGCAAUUUUAUAUAUUCAUGUCGCUUUAUACAAUGAUAGUGGAAUGUUAAAAUUUUAUGAAUGCACUUUGCCCUUUUUCAUUACAAUUUUUUUGAGCUUUGUUUUGAAAUAAUAAACUUUGGUAUGUUCUGAU